AUUAACCAUCCUGAUUUAAACAAAUUGAACAGAAAAUCCCCUUUAUGGCGAAAUAGAGAUUUGGCAAGGAGAUAUUUACAAGUAAAAGAAAAAUAAAACAUAAAAUCAAUGCGUUAUUGGGCCCUAAAUGAGCCCUCAACCCGACCCGAGGCCCAAAUGUUUUGCUAGAAAAAUAGAACUCUUUCCCCAAAUUUGGAAUUGCCCAAAUCUCCCGCCAAAGCUUGUCAUUCGAAUUCUUCAUUUUGAGAAGCUAAAUUGUACAGCACCGCAGUUUCAUUCCCCAAGUUUUCCGAUGUCGGCUUCUUUACCCAAGAUGGAGGCGCUUUAUUCCAAGCUCUACAGCAAGUACAGUAAGCUAAAGAAAGAAAAAGACACGGGUAUGGAGAGCUUGAGUCGGGAACAAGAGGAGAAAUUUGUGAAUUAUGUGACUGCUGCCGAUGAAAUGAUUGAAUACUUGAGAAGUGAAACUGACAGGCUACGCGAACAAGUAAAUGAGUUGAGGAGUGAAAUGGCAUCAAUGAGGUCUGUCAAAGAUGAAGAGAAGAUUCAAUACCAAAAGCUUUUGAUGGAAGAGAACCAAAAGAGUAAAGAACUUCAUGAUGAAAUUCAGAGGCUUCAACAACUAGCUGAGGAGGGAACCUGUUUCAAUGCUAGCAAUGAUAAGGGAAAAAACAGACAAAUUAUUACUGUUGGAGAUUCUCUUCCAGAUGGCUCUACCAUGACGACCAAGAAAAACCGUAGGCAGUCUUUGUUCAUUGUACAAGAUGCACUUACACAGUCUCCCAUGGAAGAACUUCCAAGUAGAACUGAACAACCUACUACGAGUUCAUAUAGGUACACUGAGCCUGCUUGCUGUAGAAGAAAUGUCGACAUUUCAGGUGAUGAUGCAGCUGACAUCUCUCCAGCCUCAUGCAUCUUCCAAGACCUUGUUCAGUGGCUAGUUGGUAUGAAAUUUUCAACUGUGACGGAAAAUGAAGAAUUAUGCAUAUCAGUUCUUCAUGAGUCGAGCGGAUUAUCUUUUAGUUUGACAUUGACGAAGAAUGCAUCCACAGAACCAGAAUUGGUGUACCGCGUGUUGUCACUAGGGACUUUUGAAAGAGUGGCUCCUGAAUGGAUGAGGGAUACGAUCAUGUUCAGCCCAAAUAUGUGUCCACUUUUCUUCCAGAAGGUGUCUUGUGUUAUCAAGCCCAGUUGCUGAGCCCCUUUCUCGUAAGUUUUCAACUUGGGACCUGAUGGGGUCUAGUCUUGUGCAUGUUCCGCUUCAACUUUCUGGUUUGAGUUUAUAUUUUUGUACAUUAUCGAGCAAUAUUUGGCCUUUUAAAGUUUGUUUAUUCGAUUUUAUUCUUACACAAUUGGAAACAUACAUUGCUCAGAGUGAGUUUCUGGGUCUGAACCGAGUUUUGCAUCUUUUUUG